GCGGCGGCGGUGGCGGCGGGGGCUGUAGCAGCAGCACUGAGGGAUUCAGCUGGCGGGAACUAUUAUCAUGGACCAUAUCACAGUGCCCAAGGUAGAAAAUGUGAAGUUAUUGGAUCGUUAUGUGGGUAAGAAACCAGCUAAUGGGAUUCUGUAUCUUACUGCAACACACCUGAUCUAUGUGGAGGCUUCUGCUACAGCCAGGAAAGAAACAUGGAUUGCACUCCAUCACAUUGCCACUGUGGAAAAGUUGCCCAUCACUAGCAUGGGCUGUCCUCUGAUCCUCCGCUGUAAGAAUUUCCGGGUGGCCCACUUUGUUUUAGACUCUGACCUUGUGUGUGAGGAGGUUUAUAUUUCACUACUCAAGCUUUCUCAGCCAGUAUUACCUGAAGAUCUUUAUGCUUUCUCUUAUAAUCCCAAAUCAUCAAAAGAGAUGAGGGAAAAUGGAUGGAAACUGAUUGACCCAAUAUCAGACUUUGAGAGAAUGGGAAUACCCAAUCGGUAUUGGACCAUAACAGAUGCCAACAGAAACUAUGAGAUAUGCAGUACCUACCCUCCUGAAAUAGUGGUUCCUAAAUCUGUUACCUUGGGAACGGUGGUUGGAAGUUCAAAGUUCAGAAGUAAAGAACGUGUCCCUGUGCUCUCCUACCUCUACAAAGAGAACAAUGCUGCCAUUUGCCGCUGUAGCCAGCCUCUGUCUGGAUUUUAUACUCGCUGUGUAGAUGAUGAGCUCUUGCUAGAGGCCAUUAGCCAAACAAACCCUGGGAGCCAGUUUAUGUAUGUUGUAGAUACAAGACCAAAGCUAAAUGCCAUGGCCAACCGAGCAGCUGGUAAGGGGUAUGAAAAUGAAGACAACUAUGCCAACAUUCGCUUCAGGUUCAUGGGCAUUGAGAACAUUCAUGUGAUGCGGAGCAGCCUGCAAAAACUCUUGGAAGUUUGUGAAUUGAAAACUCCAACAAUGAGUGAAUUUCUUAGUGGCCUGGAGAGCUCAGGGUGGUUGAGACACAUUAAAGCUAUUAUGGAUGCUGGAAUUUUCAUUACAAAGGCAGUAAAAGUAGAAAAGGCCAAUGUUUUAGUCCAUUGUUCUGAUGGGUGGGACCGCACAGCACAAGUCUGCUCUGUGGCCAGCAUUCUUCUAGAUCCAUUUUAUAGGACAUUCAAAGGACUCAUGAUUCUAAUAGAGAAGGAAUGGAUAUCUAUGGGCCACAAGUUCUCACAAAGGUGUGGCCACCUGGAUGGGGACUCUAAAGAAGUGUCCCCUAUCUUCACCCAGUUCCUAGACUGUAUUUGGCAAUUAAUGGAACAGUUUCCCUGUGCCUUUGAAUUUAAUGAAAGCUUUCUGCUGGAGAUCCAUGACCAUGUUUUCUCCUGCCAAUUUGGAAACUUCCUUGGAAACUGCCAAAAGGAUCGGGAAGAUCUAAGAGUCUAUGAGAAAACACAUUCUGUGUGGCCUUUCUUGGUUCAGAGGAAACCAGACUUCAGGAAUCCCCUCUAUAAAGGUUUCACUGUAUAUGGAGUGCUCAAUCCUAGUACUGUGCCCUACAACAUUCAGUUCUGGUGUGGGAUGUAUAACCGCUUUGACAAAGGCCUGCAGCCCAAACAGAGUAUGCUAGAGAGCCUCCUGGAAAUUAAGAAACAGAGAGCAAUGCUUGAAGCAGAUGUGUAUGAACUAGAAAAGAUCUGGCAUAUCUUCCUCCUCAUAAUGAAAGUAGUCCUGUUACAAUCAGCCAAAAUGAACCUCAUGGAUAUCACCAAGAUCUUCUCCCUCCUGCAGCCCGAAAAAGAGGAGGAGGACACAAACACCGGGGAAAAACAGGCUCUCAAUCAAGCAGUAUAUGACAACGACUCCCAUACCUUGGAUCAGCUUCUACGCCAGGAGCGUUACAAACGUUUCAUCAACAGCAGGAGUGGCUGGGGUGUUCCUGGGACACCCUUGCGCUUGGCUGCUUCUUAUGGACACUUGAGCUGUGUGCAGGUCCUCCUGGCACAUGGCGCUGAUGUUGACAGUUUGGACGUCAAGGCACAGACACCACUUUUCACUGCCGUCAGUCAUGGCCAUCUGGACUGUGUGCGUGUGCUUUUAGAAGCUGGGGCAUGUCCUGGAGGUAGCAUCUACAACAAUUGUUCUCCUGUGCUCACAGCUGCCCGUGAUGGUGCUAUUGCCAUCCUGCAAGAGCUCCUAGGCCAUGGUGCAGAGCCCAAUGUCAAGGCUAAGCUACCAGUGUGGGCAUCAAAUAUAGCUUCAUGUUCUGGCCCUCUCUAUUUGGCUGCAGUCUAUGGACACCUGGACUGUUUCCGCCUGCUUUUGCUCUAUGGGGCAGAUCCUGAUUACAACUGCACUGACAAGGGCCUACUAGCUCGUGUUCCACGACCCCGCACCCUCCUUGAUAUCUGCUUUCACCAUAAUUGUGCGCCAGAGUAUAUCCAGCUGUUAAUUGAUUUUGGUGCUAAUGUCUACCUUCCAUCUCUCCCUCCGGACCAGACCUCUCAUGAUGAUAAAGGUGUUACAUUGCUGAUACAGGCCCGAGCCACUCCACGGUCACUCCUAUCCCAGGCCCGUUUAGUUAUCCGCAGAGCCCUGCGCCAGACCUGCCAGCCACAAGCCAUCGACCAGCUGGAUAUUCCCCCCGUGUUGAUUAGCUACCUCAAACACCAAACAUGAUCUUGCAAUGUUUCCAGGAACCCAUGAUACCUCCAAAAACCACCUAAGGACCCAGGUAUCUGUAGGGCACAACAACCCACUCAACUGGAGCUGUCCUCCCAUAUUAUCCUCCAUGAUUAAAUCCUCAGCAAAAAGUC